AUGACCCGUAGCCACUUUGACAAGAGAUGCUGACUUGCCUACUCUCUUUCUCUCAACAGCAAACCGCCCGCAAGUCUACCGGUGGCAAAGCGCCCCGCAAGCAGCUCGCCGCCAAGGCCGCCCGCAAGUCGGCGCCCGCCGCCGGUGGUGUCAAGAAGCCUCACCGCGUGAGUUGAUGUUCUACUUGGUCUGGUCUACGCAUCGUCGCUCUCUGUCGCUCUCAACACCAUCGAUGGUGAAGGCGAGCGCGGCGGGGAGUGAAAAAUGGCAUAACUCGCGCGUAGCCGCUGUUGCGCUCGGACCGCUUCAUCCCCAUCGGUCGCCUACUCUCGAACCACCAUUGCUGACCGCUGCCUAUCCUCUCCCUCCCCUGCCCCAUAGUACAAGCCCGGAACGGUCGCUCUUCGUGAGAUCCGUCGUUACCAAAAGUCGACCGAGCUCUUGAUCCGCAAAUUGCCGUUCCAGCGUCUCGUGCGUGAGAUCGCGCAGGACUUCAAGACCGAUCUUCGCUUCCAGUCGUCGGCGAUCGGUGCGCUGCAAGAGGCCGCCGAGGCGUACCUCGUCUCCUUGUUCGAGGACACCAACUUGGCCGCUAUCCACGCCAAGCGUGUCACGAUCCAGCCCAAGGACAUCCAGCUCGCUCGUCGUCUCAGAGGUGAACGCUCGUAG